AUGGAAGGAGCGGGAGGAAGUAGUAACUCUGAUCCACGAUUCGAGUUUCUUGGUUCAUUCGUCCAGAAGACGCUCAAGUUGAAACCAGAAAAAUGGCACCGAUUAGUAACACUAGAAGAGCACAAGGCAGUUCUGAAGGAAUUCUUUGACAAUGCACAAACUGUUGUUAUGAUUAUUAUACUUACACCAUCUGCACAACUGAUUCCACUUGUGAGCUUUCCCAUACAGCAACUUAAAAAUAAAGGUGUUUACUUCGUCAAGAAAAAUCCAAUAGAUGUGCCACGCGAUGGCUGCAAGGAUGUGCUGGUCGUGGGUGAUCUUGCCACACGAACCAUCGACCAGUUGUCCUGUCUGGUCGAUGAAGUGUUUGUUCCCCUUCUUUCAAACUCGGACAACCAUCUCGGUUGGCCGGAAAUGGUAGCACAAGACGUACAAAAGCAAGUUCACAGUCUUAAGAGCACGGUUUAUCAAGUUCAGGGUCAAGUUAGUGGACAGACCGUUCUACCAAUGCCCGUAGGAGUUGAUAAAUGUGUGCAGACGGCCAAAGAACUAGUUGUCAACUCAGAAUGUUCGAUUAAUCUCUACCUGAAGAGUGCAAUCGAAGGUGUUGUCAUCAAAUGGGCCACUCAAGUGAAUGAUGUCAUGCUGGAGUCAAGUGCAAACGCAUUUAAUGGCGGUCAAAAUCCUGUUCCAUCCGUUGAAAUUAAUUUUUGGAACAAUCGUUUGAAAAAUUUAACCUACAUCUACGAACAGUUGCGUCACGAGCGUAUACGUAGUAUGGCACUAAUCCUUGAAUACACGGACAGUGCUUACUAUCCUUGCUUUAAAACACUUUUCAAAAAUGUUGUGACAGCGCUAGCGGAAGCACGAGAUAUUACACUCUAUUUAAACCCACUUACAAGACAUUUUCAGCAAUUAGAAGACACCGAGUUUUCGGAAUGCAAGGUUUUACUAAAGCCACUUCUGCACGUUGUUUGUUUGAUAUGGUCAAACUCGCUAUACUAUUGUCAUUCUGCAAAGCUAAUAGUUCUCCUUCGACAGAUAUGCAAUUUAAUCAUUCAGCAGGCUAAACGCUUUCUUGAUCCAUCUUCUAUCUUUCAUACAGAUAUUGAUGAAGCGAUGCAACGUAUAUCACUGUCUAUACAAAUUCUCAAAUAUUUUCGCACUGUUUAUGAUGAAUAUAAGGAUAAUAUUGCACCAUUCUUUCAAGAGCGCCCCGUCGUAAAUUGGACCUUCCAUCCCAAUGCCGUAUUUGAACGGUAUAAUGCUUUUCUCGAUCGACUAUUUACCAUUCAAUGGUUUUUCAACACUGUCAUUGAGUUUCUUAAGUUGGAAAAGGUGGAAAUCGGAGGUCUCAAGGGACGGGCACUAAGCGCACGCAUUACAGGAGUGUCGGUCGAGUUCAAUCAGUGCUUUUCGUUAUUUGCUUCGAAAACCUACGAUGUUCUCGAUCCUGAUGAUCCUACGUUUAAGGAAGAUUUUCUCAAGUUCCAGGAUCGCAUCCUGGAACUGGACUUAAAACUCGCUGCAAUCCUUUGUCAAGCCUUUGACGAUUGCCAUAAUCUGGAAAGUGUCUUUAAGCUAAUAAGCAUUGUAGGAACUGUGCUGGAUAGACCCAAAAUUAAGGAAGAGUUUACUAACAAAUACAGACAAAUUUUAGUGAUGAUUGACGAAGAACUCAGCACUUGUGAAAACAUCUAUACACAGCAGAUGGAACAUUACCGCAAGGAAGGGUAUAUUUUCGUUGACCGCAGUGCUCCACCGGUAACCGCCGCCCUGCGUUGGGUGUUGCAGCUUACCAAUCGUAUAACUUCACCCAUCAAACAAUUCCAAACUUUACAGCACCCAGUUGUUCAGUCCGACGAAGGUGCUGCUUUAAUAACUCGCUUUGAUAUUCUGAUUGCAAAGCUGAAAGAAUUCGAACGUUCCAUUUUUGACGGCUGGGCAGAAGAAGUGCCAGAAACGAUUGAAGCACAUUUAGACAAACCACUGAUUAUUAGGAAGAAAAAUUCCCCCGAGCUCCUGCUCAACUUUAGUCCACAGCUGUUUGCUAUCCUCCGAGAGGUCCAUUAUCUAAGGCUAAUGGAAAAAGAAGACAUUCCACAGCGAGGGCUCGAAUUUUCCGACAGAAGUGAAAUUUUUCGCUCUCACACCCUUAACCUAGAAAAGACGGUUGACUGGUACAACAAGAUACGCAAAAACUGCACCAAAGUUGAGUUGGAGCUGAUCAAAGGUGAAAUAGAACAUAUCGAUGCUCUGCUGGAACGAGCGAUCAACGAACUUACAUGGAAUUCGGAAGAUAUUCAAGAUUAUAUGAUACAGAUUCGUGAUCCGGUGGAACAGCUGCAAAAACGAAUGCAAUGCAUUCAAAACAACUUGCAGGACAUUCGCACCACCAUGUCUGCCUGGGCAAAGCUACCACUGUUCGAACGCAAAGACUCGAAGAAAGACACCGUACUGUGUCUGGAGGAGCGUAACGAUCGCAAAACAAAACGUUACGCAGAGCUUGAGGCUGCCGCUGUCAAAGUCCACCAGCUGCUCGACACUAACAUGAAAUUGUUCGGAAUGGAAAACGACCAGGAAGACAACAACUGGGUUGAGUAUGUUAAAUUCGUUGAUAACAUAGUCUACGAGAACUUACUCUUCAUGAUCGGAAUCAGCAUCGGCUAUCUGGCCGAAAACAUGGACGUUGGUAAUAAUCUCGCACCGUUGUUUGAAUCGCGCUUAGAACUACUAGAACCACAACUAGUGUUUGUACCCUCACUGAAUCCAAAUGAUGUUAAUGGUUUUACUGCACUGUUAGCAGGGUUAGUUAAUGAUAUAACUUACAUGUCAUCGUUGAUUCCACGUUUGCUGAAAACGGCCAACAAAACAUACGAACAGAUCAUCACAAAAAACAACGAUAUUCAAGAGAUGAAAGUCGAAAUUCUUCAAGGCGUCGAUAAGGUCAUUCAGGAAGCAGCCGAAUUUUGUGGAGAUUUUGAGCGAUACUCCUAUCUCUGGCUUGAGGAUCGCGAGUACAGCAUGGAAACGUUCCUCGAAUAUGGUCGCCAGUUGGAAGCAGAUGAGAUUGAAUUGAUCAUCAAUAAGGAUCCGGAAGCGCCCAAACCCUGUCCACCAACCAUUGAGGCGUUUCGAGAGCAGAUCGAUCACUAUGAAUCCUUGUACCAGGAGAUAGAGAAGAUAGAGUCUUUUCAAAUUUUCAACUCUUGGUUUCAAGUCGACGUUCGUCCUUUCCGGCAAUCUCUAAUGAACAUUGUCCGCAAGUGGGGAAACAUGUUCAAGGAGCAUCUCGUUAACAACGUUACCCACAGUCUGACUGAUCUUGGAAACUUUAUCCGAAGAGCCGAUGAGGGACUACUGCAGGUGGUGAAAGAAGGCGAUUAUGAAGGGUUGGUUAACAUCAUGGCCUAUUUGCUACACGUCAAGGAACGAACCGCCACAACGGACGAGAUGUUCGAACCGAUGAAGGACACGAUUGAGUUAUUGAAGUACUACGAUAUGGACAUUCCAGAAGAGGUAAAUGUGUAUCUCCAGGAGCUGCCUGAGCAGUGGGCUAACACGAAGAAGAUUGCCUUGACCGUGAAACAGCAAGUAGCACCACUGCAGGCCAAUGAGGUGGUCGGUAUACGAAAUCGGAUUGCCAUGUUCGACGUCCAUAUUACCGUUUUUCGAGAUGUGUUCCGUACAUAUGAAUUUUUCAAGUACGAUUGUCUAGAACCUUACAUUCUUCUCGAUCGUAUCGAUGGCGAUGUCAAUCGAUUGGAAAAAGAUAUGUCGGAUAUACAAGAAUCGGGUAGUUUAUUUGAAGUGUCUGUUCCAGAAUUCAAACUGCUGCGCCAGUGUCGCAAGGAAAUGAAAAUGCUGAAGCAACUGUGGGACUACGUUUUCAUCGUUCGUACCAGUAUUGAAGACUGGAAAACAACUCCUUGGCGGAAGGUGGACGUGGAAAACAUGGACAUCGAGUGCAAAAAGUUCGCCAAGGAUAUCCGUCUGCUCGACAAGGAAAUGCGCCCCUGGGAUACGUACGUUACGCUUGAGUCGACGGUUAAGAAUAUGCUCACAUCGCUGCGAGCCGUUGGGGAGCUACAAAAUCCCGCCAUCCGAGAGAGACAUUGGAAUCAACUGAUGUCCUCCACAAAGAGUUUAGCAAAUCUUCCACCCGAAAUUACAGUAACAUUCAUCAUGGACAAAAAUACGACACUUUCCGAUCUGUUGGCGCUAAACCUACACGAAUGUGAAGAAGAAGUAAAAAACAUAGUCGACAAGGCCGUCAAGGAAAUGUCGAUGGAAAAAAUCUUACGCGAUCUACAUUCGGUGUGGAACGGUAGUCCCAACACAAAAAUGAUGGAAUUCGAAUAUGAAACUCAUCUUCGGACUGGAUCAACAUUGUUGAAGGCGUCAGAAGAAUUGAUCGAAACGCUUGAGGAGAACCAGGUUGUGCUGCAGAAUUUAAUUACAUCCAAGUUCAUUGCGCACUUCCUGGAGGAAGUGUCUGAAUGGCAAAAGAAAUUAACCACGGCGGACCAGGUUAUUACGGUAUGGUUUGAGGUGCAGCGUACCUGGGCUCAUCUCGAAUCGAUCUUCAUGAGCUCGGAUGAUAUUCGAAUGCAACUACCCGUCGAUUCGGAACGGUUUGACAAUAUCGACGCCGAGUUUAAGAUAAUGAUGGAGGAGAUGGCUAAAAACUCUAAUGUCAUAUAUGCUACGAACCGCGAAGGAUUGGUCGACAAGUUGGACAACCUUCAGAGCCAACUGGCACUGUGCGAGAAAGCGUUAGCUGAGUAUCUAGAGACCAAGCGACUCUACUUUCCACGAUUUUAUUUCGUUUCGGCUGCCGAUCUGCUUGACAUUCUCAGUAACGGAAAUCGACCGGAGGUCGUAUGCAAACAUUUAACCAAAUUAUUUGACUCUAUCGCGAAGCUCAAACUGGAAUCUCAUGACGAUGGUCACAGCAAAAAGGCAUUGGGGAUGAUAGCAAAGGAUACCGAAUACGUAAAAUUUUUCGAGAGCUGUAACUGCACAGGCGCUGUUGAGGUAUGGCUUAACCGCAUCCAGAUUGCGAUGCGAACAUCAUUGCGUAGCUACAUUGCUGAAGCCGUGGUCGCCUACGAAGAGAAACAACGCGAACACUGGCUGUUCGAUUAUCCUGCACAGGUUUCGCUGUGUGGAACUCAAAUCUGGUGGUCGACGGAAGUGAACAUCGCUUUUAGCCGGCUGGAGGAAGGCUAUGACAAUGCCAUCAAAGAUUAUUACAAAAAACAAAUUUCUCAACUCAGCACGCUCAUCACACUUUUGCUGGGGGAGCUAACGAGAGGCGAUCGACAAAAAAUUAUGACCAUCUGCACGAUCGAUGUCCAUUCACGAGACGUUGUCAGCAAGCUCAUUCAAUCGAAAGUUGAGUUUGCGUCCGCUUUCCAGUGGCAGUCGCAGCUACGUCACCGUUGGGACGACUCGGAAAAGGAUUGUUUUGCCAACAUUUGUGACGCACAGUUCUGCUAUAGCCACGAGUAUCUUGGCAACACACCCCGUCUAGUUAUUACCCCAUUGACCGAUCGUUGCUAUAUUACUCUAACACAGUCGCUCCAUCUCGUGAUGGGAGGAGGACCAGCGGGCCCGGCCGGUACAGGAAAAACCGAAACUACCAAGGAUCUUGGACGUGCACUCGGAAUCAUGGUGUACGUUUUUAACUGCUCCGAGCAGAUGGACUACAAAUCUUGCGGUAACAUCUACAAAGGAUUAGCUCAAACUGGAGCAUGGGGUUGUUUCGAUGAGUUCAAUCGAAUCUCUGUGGAGGUAUUGUCGGUCGUGGCGGUACAGGUGAAAUCCGUACAGGAUGCCAUACGAGAUAAAAAGUCAAAGUUUGACUUCAUGGGAGAGUUUAUUGCCUGUGUUCCUACGGUUGGUAUAUUCAUUACAAUGAAUCCUGGUUAUGCCGGUCGAACUGAGCUGCCGGAAAAUUUGAAGGCACUCUUUCGUCCGUGCGCCAUGGUAGUGCCCGACUUCGAGCUGAUCUGUGAAAUCAUGUUGGUUGCUGAAGGUUUCCAAGAUGCCAGAGUACUAGCGCGGAAAUUCAUCACGCUUUACACACUAUGCAAGGAGUUGCUUUCGAAGCAGGAUCAUUACGAUUGGGGUCUACGUGCAAUCAAGUCUGUACUAGUCGUCGCUGGUUCCUUGAAACGCGGUGAUCCUGGCCGACCAGAGGAGGAAGUGCUGAUGCGAGCUCUUCGUGACUUCAACAUUCCCAAAAUCGUAACUGAUGACAUGCCUGUAUUUAUGGGUUUGAUCGGUGAUCUGUUCCCAGCGCUGGAUGUACCCAGAAAGCGUGAUUUGGAAUUUGAAAAAACCGUCAAACAGGCAACACUUGAUUUGGCCCUUCAGCCAGAAGAUAACUUCAUACUGAAGGUGGUCCAACUGGAAGAGCUGCUCGAAGUGCGCCAUUCCGUCUUCAUUGUCGGUAAUGCGGGCACGGGAAAGACACAAGUUUGGAAGACACUCUACAAAACUUAUCAAAACGUCAAAAAGAAACCCCUCUUCAACGAUCUCAAUCCAAAGGCAGUUACGAACGAUGAACUGUUCGGUAUCAUUAAUCCUGCAACGCGCGAAUGGAAGGAUGGUUUGUUUUCGGUUAUCAUGCGAGAUCAAGCGUCGCUCAGUGGGGACAAUCCAAAGUGGAUCAUCUUGGACGGUGAUAUAGAUCCCAUGUGGAUCGAAAGUCUCAAUACGGUUAUGGACGACAACAAGGUUCUGACGCUAGCCUCGAACGAGCGUAUAGCACUCACGCCCUACAUGCGGCUAAUCUUUGAAAUUUCCAACCUGCGCACCGCCACACCCGCGACAGUAUCGAGAGCUGGCAUACUUUACAUUAACCCACAGGAUCUUGGAUGGAAUCCGUAUGUAACAAGUUGGAUUGAAACGAGGACAAUUCCUGCUGAAAAAUCCAACCUGGUCAUUCUCUUCGACAAGUACAUCCCAGCGUGCCUGGACAAUAUUCGAACGCGCUUCAAAAAAAUCACCCCCGUCGCCGAGAUGGCCCACAUUCAAAUGCUGUGUCACUUAUUGGAGUGUCUACUGAUUCCAACCAAUACUCCAGCAGAUUGUCCCAAGGAGUGGCAUGAUCUAUAUUUUGUGUUCUCGUGCGUUUGGGCAUUCGGUUCGGCUAUGUUUCAGGAUGCGGCCAUUGACUACCGCAUCGAGUUUAGCAAAUGGUGGGUGAACGAGUUCAAAACCGUCAAGUUCCCGCCGAAUGGAACUGUUUUCGAUUACUUCAUCGAUACGGAAACAAAGCAGUGGACUCCGUGGACGGAGAUUCUACCAAAGUUCGAGAUGGACUGUGAUCAGCCUUUACAGGCGGUUCUGGUGCAUACCUCCGAGUCAAUUCGAUUGCGUUUCUUCCUCGACCUGCUCAUGGACAGGACGCAUCCGGUGAUGCUCGUUGGUAUUGCCGGUUGCGGGAAGACUGUCGUGGUGAACGAGAAGCUUGGUAGCCUCUCGGAGAACUACGCCAUUGCGAACAUUCCGUUCAAUUUUUACACCUCCUCGGAGAUGCUGCAGAAAGUGAUGGAGAAACCAUUGGAGAAGAAAGCCGGACGGAACUAUGGUCCGCCUGGUAGCAAGACUCUAAUUUACUUCAUCGACGAUAUGAACAUGCCGGAAGUAGACGCUUACGGCACUGUCCAGCCGCACACGCUGAUUCGACAACAUCUCGACUACAACCAUUGGUACGAUCGGAACAAGCUAACACUCAAAGAUAUACACAAUUGCCAGUACGUGUCCUGCAUGAACCCUACUUCCGGCAGUUUCACCAUCAACCCCCGGCUUCAGCGACACUUUUGUGUGUUCGCCGUCAGUUUCCCGGGCUCCGACGCCGUGACAACGAUCUAUCAUUCGAUUUUGGUUCAGCAUUUUGCGAAUGCAGAACAGAAGUUCAACAUAGCCGUUACGAAAAUCUCACAAAAUAUUGUCGCAGCUAGUUUGGCAUUACACACUAAAGUGGCACAAGUGUUUUUACCAACGGCCAUCAAGUUUCACUAUGUCUUCAAUCUGCGCGACCUGACGAAUGUCUUUCAGGGCCUGUUGUUCAGCACCAAUGACUGUUUGGUUUCGUCGAGCGAUUUCAUCCGACUGUGGCUUCAUGAAACUCAGCGCGUCUAUGGCGACAAAUUGCUAGACGACAAAGAUAUCGACAGCUUCACCAAAAUGCAGAACGAUCUAGUUAAAAAAUCGUUCGAAGAGAUCGACGAAUCAAUCGUUUUUGAUAAACCGAACAUUUACUGCCAUUUUGCUGGUGGUAUCGGUGAACCGAAGUACAUGCCCAUUACUGACUGGGGUGUGCUGACAAAGCUUCUACAAGAAGCGAUGAUGUCAUACAACGAUCUGAUUUCGGCCAUGAACUUGGUGCUCUUUGAAGACGCCAUGAUGCACGUGUGCAGAAUCAACCGAAUAUUGGAGUCGCCUAGAGGUAGCGCCCUGCUGGUGGGUGUUGGUGGCAGUGGAAAACAAUCCCUGAGUCGAUUGGCCGCCUUCAUCUCCAGCUUGGAAGUGGCCCAAAUUCAACUCAAAAAAGGCUACAGUGUCGUCGAUCUAAAGAACGAGCUAUCCGGACUGUACAUGAAGGCAGGCAUGAAAAACGUCGGUAUUAUGUUCCUCAUGACAGACGCACAGAUAUCGAACGAAAUCUUCCUAGUCAUAAUCAAUGAUUUGCUUUCCUCGGGUGAGAUACCGGACCUGUUCCCUGACGACGAGGUAGAAAACAUCAUAUCUGGUGUACGGAACGAGGUGAAAGGUGCGGGAUUGGUGGAUUCGCGAGAAAACUGUUGGAAAUUUUUCAUCGAUCGCGUCCGGCGUCAACUGAAAGUGGUGCUCUGCUUCUCGCCAGUCGGAGCGACACUCCGUGUACGGUCGCGUAAAUUUCCCGCCAUCAUCACGUGCACCCAAAUCAACUGGUUCCACGAAUGGCCACAGGAAGCCCUGAUGUCGGUGUCGUUGAGAUUCUUACAGGAGUUGACAGUGCUACCAGUGGAAUGCCGGGACUCUAUUGCGCGCUUCAUGGCAUACGUGCACACGUCCGUGAACUCAAUGUCCAAGGUGUAUCUUCAGAAUGAGCGACGCUAUAACUACACUACGCCAAAGUCUUACCUGGAGCAGAUCAGUCUGUACGAUAAACUCUUAAAGGAGAAGCACGGGGAGUUACGUAAAAAGGUAGAACGUCUGGAGAAUGGAUUGGAAAAACUGCGCAACACCGCCGACCAAGUUGCAGCCUUGAAGCAAAAGCUGGCAGUACAGGAAAUAGAGCUUAAAGAGAAAAAUGACGCCGCCGAUGCGUUGAUCGAAAUCGUCGGCAUCGAGACGGAAAAGGUGCAGACGGAAAAAGCGAUCGCAGACGAAGAGGAACAGAAGGUGGCCAUCAUCGCUGAAGAGGUUGCUAAGAAGCAGCGUGAUUGUGAGGAAGAUUUAGUGAAAGCUGAACCAGCUUUGCUGGCAGCUCAGGAAGCCUUAAACACGCUCAACAAGGCCAAUCUGACUGAGCUGAAGUCGUUCGGUUCCCCGCCGGGUGUGGUGACGAAUGUCACCGCCGCUGUCAUGGUGUUGUUGGCCCCGAAUGGUAAAAUACCAAAGGAUCGCAGCUGGAAGGCGGCCAAAAUUACGAUGGCUAAGGUUGAUACAUUCUUAGACUCGUUGAUCAACUACGACAAGGAACAUAUACAUCCAGAAAUCAUCAAAGCCAUUCAGCCAUACCUAAAGGAUUCCGAGUUUGAGCCGGAUUUUGUACGAUCCAAAUCUGCUGCUGCGGCCGGCCUCUGUGCUUGGGUUAUUAACAUUAUCAAAUUUUACGAUGUUUACUGCGACGUUGAACCUAAACGACGUGCUCUGGCUGCUGCGAAUGCCGAACUGACAGCUUCGCAGGAAAAAUUAGCUAACAUUAAGAAAAAAGUUGCCUCACUUGAAGAACAGUUAGCUAAACUGACGGCUGAUUUCGAAAAGGCCACCGCCGAUAAGUUGCGCUGUCAACAGGAAGCUGACGCCACCCAAGCCACUAUCCAACUGGCCAAUCGUCUCGUCGGAGGGCUCGCUAGUGAAAACGUUCGUUGGGCAGAAGCUGUCGCAGAAUUUAUGCAGCAAGCAACUACAUUGCCGGGGGACAUUUUACUCGUCACGGCUUUCAUCUCGUAUGUUGGUUGUUUUACAAAACAAUUUCGGCUUGAUAUGAUGAACAAGAUGUGGUUACCGUUCCUGCGUGCUCUUGAACCGCCCGUUCCGAUUACUGACAGUCUUGAUCCAUUGCGCUUGCUAACUGAUGAUACACAAAUCGCCACAUGGCAAAAUGAAGGAUUGCCUAGCGAUCGAAUGUCCAUCGAAAACGCAACCAUACUAAGCAACUCUGACCGCUGGCCUUUAAUGAUUGAUCCUCAACUUCAGGGUAUCAAAUGGAUCAAGCAGAAGUACGGCGAUAUACUCAAAGUCAUACGUCUAGGAUCGAAAGGAUAUCUGGAAGUGCUGGAAAAGGCACUCGCCAAGGGGAGCACCGUAUUGAUCGAGAACAUUAGUGAAAAUGUGGAUCCCGUGCUAGAUUCCUUACUUGGACGAAAUCUUAUCAAAAAAGGACGUGCCAUUAAAAUCGGAGACAAGGAGGUCGAGUACAAUCACAAAUUUCGACUAAUUCUGCACACAAAGUUAGCUAACCCGCACUACAAACCAGAGAUGCAAGCGCAAACCACCUUGAUCAACUUCACUGUCACCAGAGACGGUUUGGAAGAUCAGCUGCUAGCGGAGGUUGUCAAGGCAGAACGACCAGACCUGGAAGAAUUGAAAGCAGACCUGACAAAACAACAGAACGAUUUUAAAAUUAUGCUCAAGCGGCUUGAGGAUGAUUUGUUAUCGCGUUUGUCCUCAGCCGGAGGUAACAUUCUCGGUGAUACCGCACUGGUGGAAAAUCUCGAGACAACCAAAAAGACGGCUGCAGAAAUUGAAGAAAAAGUUGCUGAAGCAAAAAUCACCUCCAAGGAGAUAGACGAAGCACGAGAACACUACCGCCCGGCUGCGGCUAGGGCUAGUUUAUUGUAUUUCAUUCUCAACGAUCUUAACACCAUCAAUCCUAUUUACCAGUUUUCUCUCAAAGCGUUCAGUGUAGUCUUCCAGAAGGCUAUCUCGAAGGCCGAUUCUGCUGCCGAAGUUCCAGCGCGAGUACGCAAUUUGAUCGAUUGCAUUUCCUUCUCCGUGUUUCAGUACACUACGCGAGGACUGUUUGAGUGUGAUAAGUUGAUUUUUAUGUCACAGAUGACCUUCCAGAUUUUGCUUAUUAAUGAAGAAAUAACACCGGCGGAACUCGACUUCUUGUUGCGUUUCCCCAUCAAGCCGCACGUUACAUCACCAGUAGACUUUCUCACCAAUGCUGCCUGGGGUGGCAUUUGCAGUUUGGCUUCAAAGGAUGAAUUUAGGAAUCUUGAUCGUGAUAUUGAGACAUCCUCCAAACGUUGGAAGAAGCUCAUUGAAUCGGAAUGUCCCGAGAAGGAGAAGUUCCCACAAGAGUGGAAGAAUAAAACUGCUCUCCAGCGCUUGUGUAUGAUGCGUGCUUUACGACCCGAUCGUAUGACCUAUGCCAUGACAGAUUUUAUUGAGGAAAAGCUUGGAGCCAGAUACGUCGAAAAUCGAACCAUGGAAUUUGCCAAAUCGUUCGAAGAAACCAGCCCGUCAACCCCGAUAUUCUUCAUCCUAUCGCCAGGCGUUAAUCCGUUGAAGGACGUGGAAACGCUGGGUAAACAGUUGGGUUAUUCUGCAGAUAAUGGUAACUUCUACAAUGUGUCACUUGGUCAGGGCCAGGAAGUGGUAGCUGAAGCGGCUAUGGACAAAGCGGCCUCUUCUGGUCACUGGGUUAUUUUGCAAAACAUUCACUUGGUUAAGAAGUGGUUGCCGGCAUUGGAGAAAAAACUCGAGUUUUACUCGGAAGGAUCGCACGAUAACUAUCGAGUGUUCAUGAGUGCUGAACCCGCUGCUACACCAUCCGCACAUAUUAUACCACAAGGCAUUCUGGAGUCAUCGAUUAAGAUCACGAAUGAACCACCGACCGGAAUGCAGGCGAACAUUCACAAAGCCCUGGACAACUUUACACAGGAAACGUUGGAAAUGUGUGGCAAGGAAGCGGAAUUCAAAGUGAUUUUGUUCUCACUCUGCUACUUCCACGCAGUCGUUGCGGAAAGGCGCAAGUUUGGACCGCAAGGCUGGAAUAAGAUUUACCCGUUCAAUGUAGGCGAUCUCAACAUAUCGGUGUCCGUACUUUACAACUAUCUGGAGGCUAACACCAAGGUACCUUGGGAGGAUCUGCGCUAUCUGUUCGGAGAAAUCAUGUACGGUGGUCACAUCACGGACGAUUGGGAUAGACGCACUUGUAUUACCUAUCUGGAGGAAUUGAUGCAGCCAGAUUUGGUGGACGGGGAACUGUUCCUGGCGCCAGGAUUUGCAGCACCCCCUAACACCGACUAUGCCGGCUAUCAUGCAUACAUCGAUGAAGCAAUGCCUCCAGAAUCGCCUUAUCUAUAUGGUUUGCAUCCCAACGCAGAAAUAGGUUUCCUUACUACCACCUCCGAAAAUCUCUUCCGAACCGUGUUUGAAAUGCAACCGCGUGACGCCGGGUCGGGCUCUGGAACUACCGUGACGCGCGAAGACAAAGUAAAACAGGUACUAGAUGAAAUCAUGGAGAAGCUACCGGAAGAGUUUAAUAUGCCCGAAAUCAUGGGCAAAGUGGAGGAGCGUACCCCCUACGUGAUCGUAGCAUUUCAGGAGUGCGAACGUAUGAACUAUCUUACCGGUGAGAUAAAGAGAAGCCUGAAAGAACUUGACCUUGGUAUGAAGGGCGAACUCACCAUCACGUCCGAUAUGGAAGAUUUGGAGAAUUCUCUCUUCCUUGAUCAGGUACCCGCAGUAUGGGCUUCUCGUGCUUAUCCUUCGCUGUUAGGCCUCACCGGGUGGUUCGUGGAUUUGCUACUUCGAUUACGUGAACUUGAAACCUGGUCGGCCGAUUUUGUGCUCCCUAUUUCCGUUUGGUUGGCCGGCUUUUUUAAUCCCCAAUCGUUACUGACAGCUAUCAUGCAGUCGACGGCUAGAAAGAACGAACUUCCACUCGACAAAAUGUGCCUGCACUGUGACGUGACCAAGAAGCAAAAGGACGAUUUCUCUGCCGGGCCCAGAGAAGGUGCAUACGUUCAUGGCAUAUUCAUGGAAGGUGCAAGAUGGGACGUACAGCAGAGUAUCAUCAUGGAGUCGAAACUAAAAGAACUGUACCCACAGAUGCCUGUCAUAAACAUAAGGGCUUUAACCCAGGAUAAACAGGACCUACGAAACAUGUAUGAAUGUCCGGUCUACAAAACAAGAACCCGUGGACCAACGUACAUAUGGACAUUUAAUUUGAAAACCAAAGACAAACCAGCUAAAUGGACGCUGGCUGGAGUUGCUUUGCUGUUACAAGUUUAA